CCCCCUCUUCGACUCUUUGUGGUGGUGAGUGUGUCCAAGGCUCCAAACCAACCACCAGUCGUCAGGCAAGCAGCAGUCGCAGGCCAUGGCCAUGGGGGCUUCUGCUUCUGAUGUGAAAGCGCUGCUGCAGGUGAGCGCCGAGGAUGGCGCGCUGGUGGACGCGCUAGACCGGCGAGCCGCUGCCGCGCGUCGGGCGCUCCAAGCGGCGGCGGAGCCCAGCCCCAGCUUCUUCGAGGGGUUCGCGCUGCAGGGGAUCCGCGUCGACAGCAUCCACCCGGGGCGCAUCCUCUGCUCCUUCACCGUGCCCACUCGCCUCACCGCCGGCGGCAACCACCUGGCCCCGGGCGCCGUGGUGGCCCUGGUGGACGAGAUCGGCUCCGCCGCCGCCGUGGCCGACGGCCACCACCUCAAGGUCUCCGUCGACAUGUCCGUCUCCUUCGUCGACCUCGCCGCCGCCGCGCCCGGGGACACCCUCCGCAUCUCCGCCAGGGCGCUGGGCCACAGGGGCGCCUACUCCGGCACGCACGUCCUCGUCGCCAACGCCGCCACGGGCAAAGUCGUCGCCGAGGGGAGGCACUCGCUCUUCGGCAAGAUGAAGAUCAGAAGCAACAUCUGAACCAAUCCAACCCAUCCUUGCUCUAUUUCUGUGUUUACUAUUAGACUUGGAUGUGAUGUGAGUUGCUCUGUAUGUUUUGCUGCUGCCACUCUUAUACUGUUUAUUUAUGAGUUUUAUCUUACUAAAGCAAACACAACUACACAA